CGAACGCAAGUUUUUUGGGAUCCGGCGUCCGUACGUACCGAGAAUUAUUAGAAUGUGUUUGAUACCUCUGAAUAAAAUUUCACUUAAUUAUUUUCUUUCCUACGCGUAUAUGCGAUUUUUAAAAUAAAAGAUUACGAUUUUCGCGUUGAAGUAGAUCGAGGGAAAAGUGGUGUUGUGAUCGAUGUUAAAUUGUUGUCAUCGAUAGACUGGCAUUUUAAUUUCUACUGUAAUGGACGAUGUAGAGGCACCGGUUUUUUAUUACGAUGAAAGUGAUUUUGUGGGAUACGAGUAUCUGCAGGACGCGGACUAUGAAUACGAAUACGAUGAUAUCGAGAAAGAAACAUUCCACGAAUUGUACCAGUAUUGCCUCGGUCCCACCGUUUACGAUACAGCCACAUACAUACUACCGCUACUUGUUUCUACGAUUGUAUUUAGAUUAUGCGCUGGUUCUCAACAUAUAUCGCAUGGCACCUUUCACAUAUUAUCAAUGUUGAUUGGUAUGUACAAUAUCCAUCACUAUGUAAAAGAGUGUUUGUUUAUACUAAUAGCACUAUGUACAUUUUCAUAUAUCACUUUACACAUACCUAAGCGAUAUUGCAAGAGCGUAGGAAUAUUUUUGCCACCUCUAUGUAUUAUCGCGUAUUGUGAAUUUUCUAUGCCGCCGAUAGUCUGGCACCAAAUACGCAGCGUGGUAUUAACAAUGGCAAUGAAAACAAUUAGUAUAGCUAUAGAUAAACUUAAUUCAAACGAUUUACCUAACAUUUUUAGUUACAUGGGAUAUACUUUUUGCGGCGUUACAUGCCUUUUCGGUCCUUGGAUAUCGUUCAAGGAUUAUAUUUCGAUACGUUGCUUAAACAAUCAGGAUAAAUGGUGGAUAAUGUAUACAGUUCAAUAUGCAUUUUUAUCCUUUCUGUUUUUAACUGUGUCAAACUGUUGGACGCAAUGGAUGGUGAUGGAUAAUUCUUGGAAGUGGUUGUUAGCUUAUAGGGACGCAUUAUCUUUUCGAACGUCUCAUUAUUUUAUCUCUUACAUUGCAUCCACUGUGUUACUACUAGGGGGAUUCCCACUUGCGCUAACCGUUAUAGUAAAACCACUGAAAGUGGAAUUUCCACGGUCGCUUGUGCAAGUCGUUAUUUGUUGGAACGUACCGAUGCAUUUUUGGUUGAAAACCUAUAUAUUCCGUCCUAGCAUUAAUUACGUAGGGAAAUUUGGAGCUGUGACAAUGACGUAUUUGACAAGCGCUCUUUUACAUGGAUUAAAUUUUCAAUUGGCAGCGGUCCUGCUUAGCCUUGGAUUUUAUACAUACGUAGAGUUCCAGCUCAGAUCUAUGCUUGCAAAUAUUUUUGACGCGUGUGUAGCGGCGAAACAGUGCGCUAAAAAUAAAUGCUCGCACGCGUACAACACUCAGAACUCUUGGUGGGUGUUUCUAACGAACAUGAUGUUCUCCGGCCUAUCAGUUUUUCAUUUAGCCUAUUUAGGCCUUAUGUUCGAUACGUCUGAAUUACAAGAAACAGGGUACAACUACAUUCAUACUAUCGAGAAAUGGUCCCAACUUGGAUUCGCUAGUCACUGGGUAAUGUUCGUUACAUAUUGUAUAUAUUUUUUAAUUAGAUAAUACUAGGCAUAUUAGUUUGCUGGUUACGUUCGAUGUCGAAUCGAUAAAUUAACAAAAUUAC